CGAUGCGUUUACAUACUUAACCACGAACUCAUAUCUUUAAACAUGAUUAAAACUUCCGCGUUAUACAUGUGGAAUGUUUGAUUUUUAACAAUGUUAGAAUAAACAUGAAUCUACCACUUACACUUCGAUGGAGAAUAAUAGGAAUUGUUGUUGUUUAUAUGAUGACAAACACAGCCACCGGUGCAGUGACACUUUCCCCGAUCAACCCCGAGGGUCUGGAGCACGAGCCAUUGACAUUGACCUGUGGCAGCAAUGAAUCGACAGUUACUGGGUUUGGAUGGCAACAUUCAGUGACAGAAUUUAUCACUCAGACGCGGAUCUGUAUCAUGUAUAAUAACUUAACGUCAAGUGGAUGUUAUUUUCCUACUCCUGGAUGGGAGCCAAAUCCUGUUUUGUACAGCUACGCCUGUCCAAGUCGAACAAGGCACACACUGACCAUAAAGAAUGUCACAAGUGAUGUUAUCGGAGUGAAAUGGAGGUGUAUGACGUAUACACCGAACGAAGCUAGCAACAUCGUGACUAUUACCUUGAAAGUUCCCGUGCGGUCAGUAGUCUUAAAGACUCCCUCGAUGGCAUCUGUUGUGGUAGUUGAGAAGUCCUCUCCUAUUGACUUUUGGUGUGAGGUGCCACGUUCACUUCCCAGGUCAACGAUACAGUGGUACCAUGACAACAGGACCCCGGGUGAAACAGAUGAUGAUGUGCGGCUCUCCAAACCGCAAGAAUCCACAUCGGAUAACGACGAUUUAACCAUUAAAACUACCAGCAAUAUGCAAUUCACACCCACACGUUAUCACAAUGGAGUCCGCGUCUACUGCACUGCUUACAAUGGCUAUGGGAACACGCUGAUGUCAGAUAGGCAAACACUCAUCAAUGUCAAAUAUUCUCCAGACGGUCCCCCUGUAAUUCGAGGGGUUACUUUAAACUCUAAUUAUUUCGCAAUACACUCUACCAGUCAACUGCUUACUUGCUCGAUUAUUGGUGGAAACCCAUUGGCCAAUAUAACUUGGAGCUGUUACGGAGGCACAGUGGGUAUCUUGCAAGUUUCUGGACAGAACGUUUCAAGGACGGUGACAUGGGUUGUAGGGUCAAAAGAACAGCCAUGUACCUGUAUUUCAAACCAGGAAGUGGUCGGAGAACAACGCUCCAGCAUUAAUGUAAAGGUGUUAUACCCACCAGAUCAACCUCGAUAUGACGUCGGUAACACUAGCAUUAUUGCGAUAGGAACGAUACGUAUCGUCAAAAAUAGAGCGGUUGAGAUAACAUGCAAAAGUGACAGCAACCCUGCACCGUCAGUGUGGCGAUGGAGAAGCCCUCUGAGUGCAGUAAUUCAGGCUCCAGGGAAGGUUUUGUCCAUCCCAAACCCUCAUUUGACUGACGCUGGUGUAUACACAUGCGAGGCGGAGAAUACUAUGGUUCCUUCGCAGGGGUCAAGUGUAAAAGGCAAAAAUAGUUCAUCCGUCAACAUUGAAGUGCUCUACCCGCCGUCCACUCCCGUGUUUCACUGGCAAAAUGAGACCGGGGCCAUUUUACCAGACAACACCGUUGUUGUUGUAAAAGGGGACUACUUUACAAUCAUUUGUGAUUCCGACUCUAAACCAGGACCUCCAGCUUACAGCUGGACAAAUAAACAAUGGACGGUUACCGCGAUUACUGAUGCGCAGAAAACAUGCAUGGUAUCUAACACAUUAAAUCCCUCCGGUUACAAGGAGGAAUCGGGCUCUAACACAGCCACGGUGAAAAUUGAAACGCUCGAACCACCUGGAGAACCAACGUUCAGCUACAUUGACUGCCAGAACAAACAAGUAACCUUUGUUGAAGACAUAAAGGUUAAACUUGGCAUAGAUGUCAGUGUUACUUGUUCCUCUACCGGAAAACCACAACCGAGCUUCCAAUGGUCUUCUCAUCAGUCAAAUUCCCCGAAAACCUUCUUCCUACAAGGUGUCACCAGGCAACAUAAUGGGUCCUAUACAUGUACGGCAAGGAAUACGAUGAACACGACGUUCACUGGUUUAAGAGCUGGAACAAAAUCGGCAGCCUUCAACUUAAAUGUUUUGUAUCCGCCAUCAGUCGGUUUGAUUGAGAGGCUGGUUUUGUUGGAGGGUGGAAAUCUUACGGUGAACUGCCCGGUACAGUCUGGGAAUCCGGUCAUAUCGACCAUCAAAUGGACAAGACGCGAAGGCAUCAUUACUACAUCCACGACGAAGGUCCUCAAACUUGUAGCCGUACAAAGACAUCAGUCAGACUACUACAGGUGUACAGCGACCAAUAGUAUGGUACCGUCAGGAUGUCCUCCUGAAGAUGGGUCGGAUUUCUCCGAGACUUAUAUCGACGUGCAAUAUAAGGCGUCCAUCGAGAGCUUUCGGGAGUCAUCCAAUCCGGCUGAUGUCGUAACGUUGAAUCAAGGGGACCCUUUAAAUAUCACCUGCACUGUGGACAGUAAUCCCGGGUCAUUCAUCAGCAUCAAGAACUCCGGUCAUGUAUUAAAUACCACACAGACUGGACGGAGCAUUAGUUACAGUGAAGGGAAGAGUUCGUGCGAAACUAAUAUGGGCGUAUAUAACUGCUUAGGGAGGAAUGAUCACAAUAGCGGCUACGUUAACAAAACUCUUACUAUCCUUAUCAGAUGUGGACCAAGAGUACCACAGACUGUCACUUUAAUAAAAAACGUGACCAGUGAUACCAACGUGUCUGCAACUUUGUCCUUUACUGUUGUCGCCUAUCCAGUAAAUGUUCAAUACGUGUGGAAAAAAAUAGAGUCCGAAACAUCUUUACGUACACUUGUAAACGACUCCAAAGUUACUAUUGUCAAAUCGGAAGAUGGACUUCAGUCAAACAUUACUAUCGGAAACGUGCAGGAAUCCGACUUCGGAGAAUACAGUGUCACGGCCACAAAUACGAUCGAUUCGACAUACGAACACUUUUAUCUGGUUCCACAAGCAAAACCGGAGACGCCAAAAAGAUUAACAUUCAGCGAAAUUACUGUGUCUUCCGUGGUACUUUCCUGGGUGCCGGGUUUCAAUGGUGGUCUUCCACAGAGAUUUGUUAUCCGAUACAAAAGAAAGACAAAUGCCAGAAUCGAAUUUCUAAAGGAAAUUGAUGAUAUCGGUGUAUAUAAUGAGACGAUUGAUGAUUUAAGUGUUGAAACAGAAUACGAAGCAAAUAUACAUGCGGUUAACUCGAUUGGAUCGUCUGGGAGCAUAAGCAUAUUCUUUACAACAUUGCCUAAAGAGGAACCCCUGCAUGAAACCAGCGUUGGGGCAUUGGUGGGAGGAACAGUUGGUGGAAUAAUCGCGAUAGCUGCUAUAGUAAUAGCGAUCGUGCUGUUUCUCAAAAGAAAGUACACACUGGACUGUACAUGUUCAUUCAACAUGUCUCUUGCUAAACGGAAAGAUUUAAAUCCUGAGACAAACACAGAACAACGAAUUGACACACAUGAUGCUGCCAAUUCCGGAUACAGUUCAGCGUAUGAAGAAGUGUCCUUAUCAAAGGACCAUUCGGUUUAUGAUGCCCUCUACAACGGAGACAACGCAGACAAUAGACCCAACUCGCACAUGUACACGCAUUUGGACGCUUCCAAUUCACAGUUGAGAGUAUACUACGAAAAUGUCAAUAAAGAAGAUCCCGUUUACAACAACAUGGCGCUGAAGAAUCGGGUACAGACGGUGCUUUAAAUGAUAGGACUAUCUUACGUCAAUAUUUGGUGUAAAAAGCCUUGUCGCAAAUGUGAGAGAUUAAGAUUCAUCAAGUGAAGAAAGGCCAUAUAAUUCUUGUAUUGGAUAAUAAAGCAAACAGAACUAACAUUAUGUCAGGAAACCUGAAAGUUACAUUUUUGCGGAAGUAUUUUAUUUCACAAACUUUGCGACAGACCGCCAGAAGAACAAACCAACCACUGUGCUUCAAGUAUACUUACUUUGUUUGCAGGUAUUUUAAUAAUAACAUAAAAAAAAAUCGAAAUAUAUAGAUGCAGCAAUGAUAUAUUACACUCUUUUAGGAUAAAAAAUUACGGGCAAGGGCUACACAACACAAAGCUUUAUUUUAAUUUUGAAUGCAUUGUUUAACGAGAUGUCAACAACAGUAUGUCGAGAAAGCAGUGUAUUUUAGAAUGCCGUAGGUUUUUUUUCAAUAUUGAAUGCCUUCUAUGGUUGAUAAACAAGCUGUAUUGCCUGUCUGUCUAUUAAAGUUAUUUAUGUCUAUGUCAAAUGUGUAAACAUGUGAAGUUCAAAUGU